AAUAAUUGAAAUAGACAACCAUAAACUCCCUCCUACAGUACAAUCAGGAAGUCACGUGAAGCAAUGGCAUCGCUUAUGUUCCGCCACAGGUAACCCCACGUGACUGUCAAAAGCUGGGCGUGUUCUUUAGCCGAGCGCUAAUGUUACCAUAGCAACGGACGCUACCACCAGUGAAUGUCAGUUCUUCAGCGCAAUGAUGCCUCUUUGGAUAUGUCGGCUGUUUGGUUUAUUUCUAUUCCCGGCACUAGCGUUUUCACAGGGCACUUCCAUAGCAUUUAGCCAGCCAGCUAACUGUGCAGCCGAUCAGUUUUAUAACACUGCCUCCCUGUCAUGUGUCUCGUGUGGAUCAUCCGUCGGAGUAAUGGCCAGUCCUGACCGUCUCCGAUGCACCUGUGCUAAAGAUAAUGCGAUCAGUGAUCUUGGAUCCCCUCUGGUGAACUGCACGCAGUGUGCCAUUGACCAGGUGGUAUCUUUUAACCAGAGAGAAUGCCUUUCAUGUACAGGCAGCACCUGCACAUGUGGAGCCCAACAGAUCAGAGCGGAAAACCUUUCCAGCAACACAUACUCAUGUGCAGAUUGUGGGGCAUUAUCAGUACCUAAUGACAUUGGAAACCAGUGCAUUCUAUGUCAGCAAACCUUCAUAAGCAGUAACUGUGUCUGCCCUGAAAGUAACCAGUCUGGAGGCCUCUGUUUCCCACAAGCAGCAACGGUAUAUUCUAUGGCAUCAGCUUGGGAAACCUUAUACUUAGAAUCUAGUUAUCAGGCAUGUAGGAUUUAUAGCAACAUCACUGCUUGCCAGCUUCUCACCAACUUGGUCAUCCUAAAUGUGACAUCCCUGGCGAGCACACCACUGAAUUUAUACAGUCUCAUAUACCUCUCACAAAAUAAAUUCCUCCCACCGUUAUUCUAUAGCACUAGUUCAGCUCAGCUGUGGAACACAGCACCAUCACCAGCUCAGUUGUCCUUUACAAGAAAUGUGCAGAUGCAGUUCAAGCUUCUGAAAUAUGAUAUCAGAGGAAACUUUUUGGGCUGGCAAGAUCUGAGAGGAGGAACUUUGCAGAUGUGCCCAAAUACUCAGGCUGUUUGGGAUGCUGCGUUUAGAUUUGGGACAUUCUACCGUCUGUCCUGCACCCUACAGGUAGCUGACUUACUGCAGAAUGUACCAGAACCUGUUUUUUAUGAGCUUUUCGUUUCUUACACCAGUAAUGGUGUCAGUAUGGUGUGGCCAGUCCCAGUGUGGAAUGCUGGCUUUCAAGGCAGUACAAAUCCAAUUUCCAGCAGCAGUACCAAUGCUUUAAGACGAUUCUUUCUGGUUGAUGGCAUUUCAGGAAGAACAGGAAACAUUUCCAACCCGCCCGCAUACGUUACUGUAGCAACAAGUCUCAAUCUAAGUGUAUAUGUGACUACUGGAAACACAUGGGAUCAGUCUCCCUUCCAGCUGACUGUCCAAUAUCAGAAGAUACCAGGCAUAAGUGGGACAGCUCAGGUCUCAUUUGCGGUUACCUACAGUCAGAGCCAGGGUACCUAUAAGAGAGACACUGAUAUUGCAUUGGGAGUCCUUGGGUCCCUGGCUAGCCUAUAUGCCAUCCUCGAGACCAGCAGUUGGCUGCGAAGAUCAGGGCAACAGUAUAUUGGUAUUCUGGUACUCAUAAAGUUUCUGGCUUUCUUGUCUGGAGCACUGGCAAAUACAUUCUUCCUUAUCACCCUGGGAACUGCAAUAUAUUGGCUUAUAGCAUUUAAGGGGCAAACUUCAGUAGUACAUGUCACCUUGCCUCCUGCUGGUGGGCAGAUAGAGAGUGAUUUUAUCAUAUACUUAUCAGUUGCUUUUGCUCUGAAGACUGUAGAGCUACUUCAUCUUCUGGUCUCCCAGCUGACUGUCUCCAUGUUCUUAGUUGACUGGGAAAAGCCAAAGGAGAAGAUAACAUCCAAUUCCCAAGGGAAAUCUAAUGUAAGCAUCUGGAGGACUAUUCUUGUGGCUAAUGAGUGGAAUGAGAUGCAGACCUACAGGAAAAUUAGCCCCAUAUUCCAGCUUUUCUCAGUGUUGCUGCUUCUAGAGGUGGUGGGGCUUAAGAACAUCACUGCCAAAGAUUUAAAUCUUGACCUGAACCCUCCAAGUGGCACCUACCUGGCAUCCUGGAGCAUCAUUCUGAGAUUUGGCAUAGCUGCAUCCAUGUGGUUGGCAGUGGGCAUUGUUCAGAUUCUGUUUUGUGUUGUCAUCUAUGAACGAUUUUUUGAAGACAAAAUGCGCCAAUUUACCGAUCUGUGUUCACUGAGCAAUGUGUCGAUUUUCAUAUUGACUCAUAGGUGCUAUGGGUACUAUAUCCAUGGUCGCUCUGUACAUGGACAGGCUGAUGUAAGCAUGGAGACCAUGCUGUCAAACCUGAAAAAAGAAGAGGAGAACUUGUGUCCUUUGAGAGGUCUGGAGCCCAGUUCUGAUAUCCAGACCUUUGAGGUUCUGUUGAGUGAUCGAGUGCGGGAUCAGUAUGAAAAGAUUAUGGAGCCACUUCUUGAGACACCCAGGGGGCAGAGAGGAUCCACUGAAAGCAACCCUUUAAUGCAGCAAAGGAUAAAGACUUAUUACACUAUUAACCGCUUCCUUUCCUCUUUCCUGGAUCAUGUUUACAAAGAGAUAGACUAUGUGGUGAAGGACAAACUAUUUCUGGAACACAUCUUGGAUAUGGAGUUCCAGCAACCUAUGGAGAAGUCUAUUCUUUACAGUGAUGAUAGUGCUCGUUUCAGCCGGACUCUGUUCUAUGGCAAUGAGUUGGUAUUACUAUUAUUUGACACCCUGCUCUUCUGCAUCAUUGAUUUGGGGACACAGAAUUUUGUGCUGGCGACAAUCAUAACAUAUGUGGUUCAGAUGUUGGUGGAAAUAUUACGUUAUCAAAUUGGAAAGAAAAACGUGUCCAGGCAGACAAUGGUGGAGGAGAAUUUCCUCAUUUGAUGGAAGACAAGAGAAAAAUCAUCUGAGAGGAGCCAAUUCCCAUAGUGACGCACUAGCAGAGCUUAUGAGUGUGAGACCAGUGUCUGAUCCGACACAGAGAAAAUGAUAUUCACUUACAGUGCCUCUGACAUUAUCCUCAUUUCUAUUCUUUUGCAAGGACUUGUAUCAGAGGUGGCUUAUUAUAUAUAUAUUAUAUAUGCCCCUUGUUCUGUUACCUACAACCAAUCAGUGUCGUAUCAUGUUUCUCUCAUAUUGUUUUAUUUUUAUACACAGGGAUCUGCAGGGCAGGGGAGUAAAGUCAAUAAUCAAAAAAUUACUUCAGAAGAAAAUUGUUUUCCGCAACUGCAAAGAUUUAAGAUAAUGCCUUUAACCCUUCAAUUGCCAUUGAGUUUUAUUAAAUCUAGAUCAUGAUUUGCUCUAUGACUCAGGAUCCAGUAUUGCAUAGACUGUAACCUGGAAGAGUAGAGUCCGUGGUGCCGGUGCAUCAGCAUCAGAUCUGUGGCAAACAAUGUGUUUAAUAUGUAGUGUUGUGCUUAUUUAUAUGUAUUUUAUUGUUUUAUUAUUUAUAAGUCCCUUUUUUACACAAUCCAAUGAUUUAAAAUCAUGCAUAUAUACCUAAUAACUGUUAUAUUGCAAAUAAUCAAAAUCACCUUAAAAUAGCACAGUCUAAAUAUAUAAAGAAACAGGUGGAUAUGUGGGGUGCCCAGAAACCCCCCUUGGGCAAACUCUUUGGCUGAAUGUUUUUUUUUGUUUUCUUCACAAGUGUCAUUUUAACCUCAUAUGUAAUAAAAGGCACCACGUUUAUCCAGGAGAAGUAACCCAUAUCAACCAAUAAGAUGUUUGAUUUUAAACAGGUGACUGGUAAAUUGUACCAGUUGCUAUGGGUUAUUGUACCUGGACAAACUUAGUGCCUUUUAUUACAUAAACCCCUUAGUGCCAGAGCAAGCCUAAAACAGAUUCUAGAUGUGGCAGCUGCUGCAAUAGCCUCUGUGUAUACAAGAUUAGUAGCAUUGUUUGUGCAAACAUUUUUUUAUAUAAAAUUUUCUAUAUCAUA